UACCCAAAAGACUCCCUCUUUCUCUCUCUUUUCCUGUUACUUUGAAAGCGAAAAAUGAAGUUUCGGUCUAACUCAUUUGACACGUGCCAAUGCAUUCAUCGUUACCCACUUGCUUCUAAUCUCCUGCUAUCCUCUCUCUUACCUUGGAAUCACAAAAACGAAAGACACACUUCUACUUUUGGGGGUACUUGUUGUUUCUUGUUCUAGUUUUCACUUUUGGGUAAAUCUUGGAUAGAUCUGGUUUUAUUAUGCGAGGUUCUUGCUGUUUUUCUUUCUGGGUUCCUUUUUUUGGGAUGUAUUUCAUUUUCUUUAAAUUUUGAGCUUACUUCUUUUUUGGGGAUUAGUUUCUUGUGUACUGGUCUUAGUUUUGAUUGUUUAUCUGUACAAUUAAUUUCUGCAAUACCCAGUUGCUCAAUUUGGAUUCAGAAACAUGAUUUCUUUUUUAUUUUAAUUUUCUGGUUUCUGAAAGUCAGAAGUCUUUUAUUGGACAAAUCCUAAUUCGUGUAGCUUAGAGGUCUUCUCUCUGUUUUUUAUUUUAUUUAUUUUUUUUGCAAUUUUUCUUAAUUUUCUUUUAUUUGUAUACUUGUAUACUGUUUUUUGUUCUGUGAAAAAUCUGCAGGAUGAUAACUUCAUAAUAAGUUAGGUGUGUGUUAUGGAUCAUAAGUUCAAUCUCAAAAGUCCUUCAUAGGAAGUUCUCAAAAGUAGAUUAAUGGCUAAUUUUUCUGAUGCAUCAUCAUCUUUGAGCUUUACUUCGUCUUCUCAUGUAUCAAAUGGCUCAAUUAGUCAAAAUAUAUCCACCUCCUCAGUCUCUGAGGCAAGGCCUAGCCUUGAGGUGAUCAGUUUAAGCAAGCUUAGCUCCAAUUUGGAGCAGCUCUUCAUUGAUUCCAGUAGUUAUUAUAGUGACGCUGAAAUUGUUGUUGAGGGAAACCCUGUUCGCAUUCAUCGGUGUAUUCUAGCUGCUAGAAGCAGGUUUUUCCAUGAGUUAUUCAAGCAAGAAAAGGGGUCUUUAGACAAGGAAGGGAAACCAAAGUAUUGCAUGACUGAUCUAUUACCUUAUGGAAAUGUUGGAUAUGAAGCGUUCCUGGUUUUCUUGAACUACUUGUAUACUGGAAAGCUUAUGCCAUCUCCUAUUGAAGUAUCAACUUGUGUCGACACUUCAUGUGCUCAUGAUGCCUGUAGACCUGCAAUUAAUUUUGCAGUUGAAAUGUUGUAUGCCUCAUCCAUAUUUCAAGUACCAGAGCUGGUUUCACUUUUCCAGAGACGCCUUGUUAAUUUUGUCGAUAAGGCUCAUGUGGAGGAUGUAAUCCCUAUACUUCUGGUUGCCUUCCACUGUCAAUCAAAUCAACUUGUUGCUCAAUGUGCGGAUAGAAUAGCACGGUCGGAUCUUGAUAACAUCUGGAUAGAGAAGGAGCUUCCAUAUGAAGUUUCAGAGAACAUUAAAUUUCUUCGCAAGAUGCCUGUGUCUGAUGAUGAACAGAAUGUUGAGGCUGUGGACCCCAUGCGCGAAAAGAGAAUUAGGAGAAUACAUAAGGCAUUGGACUCAGAUGAUGUUGAACUGGUAAAGCUUCUCCUGACAGAAUCUGAGGUAACAUUGGAUGAUGCCUAUGCUCUUCAUUAUGCUGCUGCAUACUGUGACCCCAAGGUUGUGUCUGAGGUGCUUGGCCUUAGUCUUGCUGAUGUCAACCUGAAGAAUUCACAAGGUUACACAGUUCUCCACAUUGCAGCAAUGCGAAGAGAACCAGCAGUGAUAGUGUCUUUACUGGCAAAAGGGGCUUCUGCUUUAGAAUCAACAUUGGAUGGGCGAAGUGCUGUUAGCAUCUGCCGAAGGUUGACCAGGCUAAAAGAUUAUAUUGCUAAAAUAGAGCAGGGGCAGGAAGCAAAUAAAGACCGGCUAUGCAUUGAUGUUUUAGAGAGAGAAAUGCGGAGGAACCCAAUGGCUGUUGAUGCUUCAUUGACUUCCCAUUCAACAUCUGAUGAUCUGCACAUGAAGCUUCUGUACCUAGAGAACAGAGUGGCAUUUGCACGAUUACUCUUCCCUAGUGAAGCCAAGGUAGCCAUGCACAUUGCAAAUGCUGAGAAAACAUCUCAGUUUGCUGGCUUUUCUGCAUCAAAAGGCGUGAAUGGCAAUUUCAGGGAAGUUGACUUAAAUGAGACACCAAUGAUACAAAAGAAAAGACUUCUUUCUAGGCUGGAAGAACUUAAUAAAACAGUGGAAAUGGGCAGAAGAUAUUUCCCUAGUUGCUCCGAAGUGCUUGAUAAGUUCAUGGAAGAUGACCUUCCUGAUUUUUACCUCGAAAAGGGCUCCACAGAUGAACAGAGAAUCAAAAGGAUGCGCUUCAUGGAGCUCAAAGAGGAAGUUCUCAAGGCUUUUAAUAAGGACAAGGCUGAGCGCCCUGUGCUGUCAUCCUCUUCAUCCACAUCUUCUCUCAUAGAGCGAGCUAGUAACAGGCUCAGAAAAUCAUAAGGUCAUGUAAAAUAUCUCUAAUAAGCCCUGUGACUGAACAUCAGGUUUUGGGAGAGAAAUGGCAAGAGUCUAAAACGUUUUUGGCUCUGCCUGUAUAAUUUUAGCCGGAGACUAAACCAGACUCUAUCAGCUAAACUCCAAACGCUAUGAAGCCAGUGGCAGAUUAUACUUUGAGAAUUCAUAGAAAAUGUUGUUUAGUUACGUGUAAGAAAAUGUGAUAAUAGAAAUUUGCAGCUAACUCAUUCAAUUUUAACCCA